CGACAGAAGCAGCUCCUCUUCUCCGUGUCCGGCUUCGUCGGCUUCUCCUGCGCCCUGACGGCCGCGGUAGCCACCGGUCUGCCGUUCUGGAUCAAUGGGACCAUGUUGUGCCGGACCGGGGCCGAGCUGGUCAACGCCACCGGACCCGAGCUGAACAAGUUCCUGGGAGAGCUGAGCUACGGGCUCUUCCAGGGAGAGAGGGUGAAGCAGUGCGGGCUGGGAGGGAGACCGUCCCGGUUCUCAGUCAUCCCGGACCUACUGAGCGCUGUCCCAGCAGGCGUCCAUGUCACUGUCAUCUUCUUCUGUGGUGCUGUGAUCCUUCUCUCCUCUGUGGCCUCCGGCUUCUUCUUCUUCAACGCCUUCGGCCGACCCUACAAGACGCUACAAGGCCCCAUGGGACUUUACCUGUGGACCUCCAUCUGCUGUGUGUGCAGCUGUCUGGUGAUGAUCCUGUUUGCAUCAGAGGUAAAGCUUCACCAUCUGUCCGAGCGCAUCGCCAACUUUAAUGAGGUGAACUUCGUCUUCCAGACGUACAAGGAACGGUACGACCGAUCCUUCUGGCUCUUCUUCCUCGUCUUUCUCCUCCACGGAGUCAAUGUCCUGCUGAUCCGACUGGCAGGAAUCCAGUUUCCAUUCCAGGAAAGCAAAGAGUUGGAGCUGACCGGGGGGGCCGCCGACCUCAUGUACUGAGAGACUGAAGGGCUGCUGGACCAAGACAAGAUGGAAAAAGGAGAUAUCAGCUGGUAGAAGUAGAAGCCUUCUUCACAUUUUCUGAUGCGUCACUUCGUCUGACAAACUGCAGCUCAACACAGAAUGUUGUUAAAUCUGUAGCACUGAAGUCCAACGGGGCUUUUCUUCCAUCACCCAGUCUGCAGAUUAUUUAACUGAGUCACCAAACAACUGUUAGAAAACAGUGUAUUCACACAUUCUAAUGUCUAAAAGUACUGAAAUUCUGGAAGCUGCUACCAGAGCAUUUCUGACAUUUUGGCCUGGAAAUGAGUGAAAUGAUUCAUCAGAUGUUGUUGCUAAUCAUUUUUUCUAUCAGUCAAUGAAUUACCUAAACAUUUCAGCUCUAGAGUCCUGGUCGGUUCCAUCCAUCCACCAUUAGCCAGGGGUCAGGUCAUGAGGGCAGCAGGGUCUCCCCAGCUCCUCCUGGGGGACUCCCGAGGUGUUCCAGGCUAACAACAACACUACUUUAUUUAUAUAGCAGCCUUAACAACGUGCUGUACAUUAGAACACAAAACAUUUACAGUAAACACCAAGUCAGAACAAUGCAAGUUAAAAAAGGCAUAGAAUAUACAUGUAGUAAUAGAACAGACAGGCCAGAUGAGACGUCAUCUGUCCACCAUAUUCUGGGCGUGGCAUAAUGAAAGUGACGUGUACAGUGGGGGUCAACAGGCCCCGGAGCCCCUCAGCGUUCUGGUUCCAUCCACAACCAAAGCACUAAGUUUCCUGGGACAGGAGACAACAUUCACACAGGAGAAGCUGGAGUCAGAACAUUUUACACCACUGAUCAACUCUCUGCUCUCCCCGCUAUAGUCAGUGAUCAGUAUGUUCAUUUAAAAACUCCAGCAUGUGGUUCCAGCUCCUCCGACACUGACUGGAUUUCUGUUUAUCCCACUAAAAAAACAUGAGUCACUGAAGUGUUCAUGGACAUUUAUCAGCAAUCUGACACUUUACAAGUGUAAAAAGAUGCCGAUCAACUGUUACAUGGUUAAUGAUGACGGUGUAUUUUAGAUUAUGUUCAGAACGGACAGAACAUUUAACAUACAGUGGCUCAUGAUGCUGAGCCACUGCAGCUGGAGGCUGGACUGUGAGCUCAGGGAUUCUGAGGGAAAACACACACACACACGCUGUCUGAACAUUUUACUCUUACAUUCAUUAUCAAGUAUUUUUAGCAUGUGAGGUAUUUGUACAACUUGCCAGAUACAUAUUUCCUCAAUGGUGUUAAAAAGGUAAUUCAGCAUUGUUUCUGUCUAAAUGUAUUUUCUGCUUCAAAUGAGUUGUAGCUGGGUGACAAAUUAAAGGACAAACCACCACCCAGCGUCCAGCAGAGUGCUGAUAUUCUGGGAAUAAACUGAUCAAUCAGGUCAUCAGGACAAUGGUCAGCUGACUGAUCAGUGACCCUGCUGGUUGGGUGACUUGGUCAGUCAGGAGGCUCUUCUCACGUGUCACCGUCUAUACAUAAAUGCUCUUUCUAGGAGACAGACUUUGAAAUUGUUUCUGUCAUCUGUUGAUUCUGGGUUACUGCAACACAAAUGAAACUCACAUAAAUUCUGUGAUUAAUUGUAAAGCACAAAAUGUGUUAAAAAAGGCAGGACAGUCAACAGUGUGUGGUUCCUGCAUCCUCACUUGCCAGGCUGCAGUUCCACUGAAGACCACUAGGUGCUCAGUAUUGUCUUAGUUUACCUUUGCACUAUGUAAUUUAUGGUCUGCAAUAAAUAGUUUAAGUUUUUAAAAUGAUCCUAGACAGAUGCCCAUGUUGUUUUCUGUACCCCUCAGUAAAAACUGAAAAUCAGACUGACUCCUCUUCUGUCAUUUUAUAAUACUUGUUAAUACUACGUCAGGUUCUUUUGACCUUUUAUCUCAUAUCUGUGGACACGUUGAAGUUGCCUGUAAGAUGGAGCUCAGGGCACAAAACAAGACAGCCAAUCCAUGUCAGUGUGUGAGGUGCGUGUCUCGAGUGAAGCUUCAGCUGCAGGUACGAUUGGCAUCCUGUACUAGCCGUUUCUUUACAAGUAGAGUAGAGUAGAGUAGAGUAGGUACUUUAUUGAUCCCAC